AUGCCUCCGAAAAGCUCAAAGGCCAUGGACGGCCUCGACUUCAAGGCCAUUUCAAAGCAAUUCGCCAAGGCAAAGGCCGCCCGCGAGGCCAGGGAAGCGCAAGAGGCCGAGGCCGUAGCCCAGGGCCUGCCUACCGAGAAGGAACAGACGGCCAUCCUCGAGGCGCAGCGAGACAAGCUCAACAAGAAGCGGCAAAAGGCCUACGAGCGACGCUGGUGGUGGACGACGGCCUUUUGGACGUUUCUGUUCGCCGUCCAUGCCCUGGGCAUCUGGCUCUUCUCCAGCGGCUUCCUGCUGACGAGGCUGGUGCUGGAGGACAAGUCCAGCUGUGCCGCGCCGCCGGUCGAGGGCCUGGCAGCGAGUCAGGCCGCGCUGGAUGUGCAAAAGGGGUGCUGGCAUCCGAAGCAGUUUGACCGCGCCGUCGUGAUCCUGAUUGACGCCCUGCGAUACGACUUUACCAUUCCCGAGGAUCCGGCCGCGGCGCACGCCUUCCAAAACUCGCUGCCCUUUUUGUACGACACGGCUGUCAAGACGCCCCAGAAUGCCUUCCUGCGGCCCUUUAUUGCCGACCCGCCGACGACGACGCUGCAGAGGCUCAAGGGUUUGACGACGGGGACGCUGCCGACCUUUAUCGAUGCGGGGAGCAAUUUUGCUGGAACUGCCAUUGACGAGGACAAUCUGCUGAUGCAGAUGAGGGACGCGGGGAAGAAGAUUGCGCAUCUGGGAGACGACACUUGGUGGUCUCUGUUCCCGGGCCACUUUGAGGCCAAUAUCAGCAAGCCCUAUGACAGCUUCAAUGUAUGGGAUCUGCACACGGUCGAUAACGGAGUCAUUGACAACAUCUUUCCGCUUCUGGAGUCAGAGGGACAGUGGGAUCUCCUCAUUGGCCACUGCUUGGGCGUUGACCAUGCUGGACACCGUUAUGGUCCCAAUCACUCCGCCAUGACCGCCAAGCUGCAGCAGAUGAACGAGUUCAUCACCAAAGUUGCAGGAUCCAUUGACGACGACACGCUCCUCAUAGUCAUGGGUGACCACGGCAUGGACGGAAAAGGCGAUCACGGAGGCGAGAGCGACGAUGAGGUCGAGGCUGCUCUGUGGAUGUAUUCCAAGCGACCCUUUUUCGGCAGAACAUCGUCCGAGUUUGUCACUCCACCGGCUACUGCCAAGAUUCGCCCUGUUAACCAGAUUGAUCUUGUGCCAACCCUUGCGCUGCUUCUGGGCAUCCCCAUCCCGUUCAACAAUCUCGGAAAGCCGAUUGAAGAGGCCUUUGCGGGACAAAAGGGCAACAAUUGGGCCAAUCUUGCUGCUGUUUCGCGACUGGCUUCUGCCGGAAUCGAGAGAUACCGACAGUCAUACUUCAAGGCCCGUGGCAUUCAUCAGACUACAGAGCCUGGCUCUCCCGCCGCUCUCUGGGAAUUGGCCAACACUGCCGGAUUGAAGGAUAAAGCCGCCUAUGAUGCUUUCACUAAGUUUGAAGAUGAGGCUCUUCAGGUCUACAAAGGCUUGUGGGCUCGAUUUGACGUCCCCAGGAUGGUGGGUGGUGUCUUUAUUACUGCCGUUGGCCUUGUGAUGCUUGUCAUGUACGCAUCGAAGCCCGCAGACGAGGAGUUUGUAGUGGCCAAUGAUGCUGAGCUCGAUUAUGCCGAGAGGCGAUUGGAGCUUAUGAACCUGAACCAAGAAGACAAGGAGGAACACCCGGAUCAGGGUUACCACCGGAGUCUUUUGGGUGGAUUGGCCGAUGCUCGAGUGCUCUUCGUCGUAGGCGUUUUGGUUGCCGUGGGAGUUUACCGCCAGCAGCCUUUGGACGGCCUCGCAGCCCUGGCUGUGACAUUAUUGAUCACCGGUGUCAUCUCAUCGCUUUCUACUGCCGGCAAGACACUGGCCAAUAUCUUCCCUAAGACCUUUUGGGGCUGGUUGUCCGUUGUCCUUACUCUCAGUCAUUCCAUCGGUUUUGCUUCCAACUCUUACACGAUCUGGGAGGACUCGAUCCUCUUGUUCUUCAUGGCAACAUUUGGAGUCGCUGUGCUCAUCUCGUCGUUCCGCAUCGAAUCCAAGGUUGACCGCACGAUGGCCAUCUAUCACACAGUCACAUUCAUCGUUCUCGGACGCUUGGCCUCGUACUCUAAGCUUUGCCGCGAGGAGCAGAUGCCCUACUGCACUUCAACCUACUACUCAUCUGUCACAUCCUCCACGUCGGCUCCCUGGCAGCUCGUCAUUCCCUUUGCUGUGUUCAUCAUUCUGCCAGAUGUCAUCAAGGCAUUCCUCUUGCCUUCGAAAUCGUAUGAGAGCCUGGCACCCACGUGGAUCGGAUAUGCCUUCCGCGGUAGUUUAUUCCUGUCUGCUCUAUACUGGACUAUUGAUUCUGCCAACAACGGCGGAUGGCUUGCCGAGCGAUUCUCCGAGAGCACUCUUAAAUCAACCGGGGUGUACCUGGCGCAGAUUAUCCUGGCGCUCUCUCUGAUUGUCGGAUCGACGUCGUUUGCCUGGGCACCGCCAAACAUUUCUAUCUUGUCGACACAGUCUAAGACUGGACAGCUGGUGACGAUUCUCGGAUACGGCAACGCCAUGGGCGCUCGAUACCUCUACCUCCCGCUCAACCUGCUCGCCGCCUGCAUCCUCCUCACGAAGCCCAUGGGCUCGGGAGCCUUGUCCAUCAUGAUGUGGCAGAUCCUCUGCCUGGUCGAAAUCAUCGACCUCAACCAGCUCAAAUCCGAGGCCAUCGGCCCCGUCAUGCUGGCCAUUCUCGGCAACUUCUACUUCUUCAAAACCGGCCACCAGGCCGUCCUCUCCAGCAUCCAAUGGGACAGCGCCUUCAUCCCCCUCUUCUCCAUCCGCUACCCCUGGUCCCCUCUCGCCGUCGGCCUCAACACCUUUGCGGGCCAAAUCAUCGCCGCCGCCUCGGUGCCCCUCGUCGUGCUCUGGAAAGUCGGCCCCAAACAGCGCGGCGUGCUCGAAAAGUCUGCGCGCGCGCUGGGCGUCUUCAUUGCCUACUUUGCCGUCGAGGCCCUCGCUACGAUGAGCUGGGCCGGCUGGCUAAGGAGACAUCUCAUGCUGUACCGGGUGUUUUGCCCGCGGUUCAUGCUGGCGGCGCUGUUGCUGCUGGCGAUGGACCUGGUGGGCGUGUUGGUGUCGUUGGUGGGCGUGAGGACGAAUACGAUGGCGGUUUGCGAGGUGUUUGGGUGGGUGGAGUAG